AUGGAUAAUGUGGAUGGCUUUCGAAAGGAGUUAUUAAUGGAGAUGCCACCAUUACUGCACUUCCGCACGGUGCCAUUUCCCAACAAUGGUCCCUCCGCCGUUGAAAGACGAGAGAAACUCCUCUCACAAUUCCCAACAAAUACUCUUCAUAAUAUUAAUAACAAUAUAAAUAAUAAUAAUAAUAAUAAUAAUAAUAAUAAUAAAUAUAAUGAUAAAUAUAAUAAAGAUAUGAAUAUGAAUAUAAAUACAAUUCCUCUCUCUAUUCCUUCCACACUGCAGAGAUAUGCACAACAUCCACAGACAUCUGGGAAAACAGCCACAACGCAGACAGAUCAUACAUUACUCCUCUCCUUAUUACUAUCCCCCGACGUGAUGGAAACAACAACAACAACAGAAGAAGAAGAAGAAAGAGAAGGAAUAAUAAAUAGAAGAAGAAAAAGAAGAAUAUCAUCUAAUCUCCUCAACGCAUUGAAAUCUAUUUCCAAUUCUUCAAUAGCCACACAAACAACAGAGAAAGAGAAAAAGAUUACACGGGCCACUUCCACUUCUCCUAUGAAAUGUAUAGAGACAGCCAUCAACACGGAGUUUACCGUGGAUGAUUGGUAUAAGCAAGAAACACUAUGCCAACAACAAUCCAAUCGUAUAGAAAGACUUGAAAGAGAACGUGUGGGAAUGGAAAUAACGAUUGCCUCUGCUCAACAAUACAUUCAUCAAUAUAAACAACAACAACAACACUUCUUUCUACAACAACAAGAAAAGAUAUAUACAAAUAUAAAAGAAGAACUUAUACAAGAAACAGAAAGACGAGAACGGGCAUUAUGGAUACAAGAGGAAAAUGAAACGAGAUCUCUUUUACAUACAUUAUGGAGGACUUGGCAAUGGACCAAUUCACACAUACGAGAAGCAAAGAGAGAAGAAGAAGAAAUUCUUCAACAGGCACAUUAUAUAUGGAAACAAGAACAAACUCAACAUAUAUGGAAUCUUAUUAAGGCAGAGACCACACAUCGGGAUACUUUACAAGCAUUGGAACAGCAAUCAAUAGAUCUUCUUCAAGAGACUUUUACAUUUGCAGAGAAUUGUCGUCGGGCCGCUUCUCAGACCGCCGCUAUCGCAAUAGCCUCACAGCGGGAAACGGAAAAUCAAUUAAAAGAGGCAUUACAACGGGAGAAGGAAUUACGAUUGCAGUAUUUACAUGUGUUGAGAUUACCCACAACGACUAUAGUCAAUCGACAUUCACUUCAUGGGAGAAGUGAAGAAGAAAAAGAGAGAGAAGAAGAAGAAAGGGAAAGAGAGAUGCCUGUACAUGUGCGAUUUGCCCGGGCUCACAGAGAAGCACUUAAUACCGUUAGUACACAACGUAUUCAAUUGUCCACACAAACACGUGUUCUUUGA